AAGAGAACAACUUUCUCCCAAGAAACAAACUCAGUCGUCCCAUCUCUUAUCAUCAAGUUUCCGAUAAGAUGGGCUCUCAAAUUGUCACCUUAAUCGCCCUGAUAACCCUCCUUUUUGGGGGAAUCGUCCACUCCUCCGUGCUUCCACCUUCUUCCUACGCGUCCGGAGAGGACUUUGCCCCACGUGACCUCGGGGGACACCUCGGGGGUCAUCCGAGACGGUCCAUCUACACGGAUUCGUCCGCAUUCAUCCCCUACAUUCAUCCCCGGUUCGUGCUGGAGCAAGACUUUCCUGGAGAAGAGGUCCUCCUCCCCCCGCAGGAGAAACGUGCCACGAAGGGGAUGCUCGUGGACGUCGUCGACUUUGUGACGAAGGGGUCAGAAACGAGGAAUCAGAGGAUGGCGGGGGGACAAGGGAUGCGGAGUAGUGGGAGGAGGAGGAGAUAAGCGAGUUAUCAAGGGAGGAUAAGAGGGAUAGAAGAGAUUGGAUAUUUUUAAUGGAAAACACUUGUAAAUCAGUAACUGUAGUUAGUUAGUUAAUUAGUUAGUUAAUUAAUUAAUUAGAUAAUUAAAUUGAGCCUAGAAAAUAAAAAAAAUGCAACGGUAAAUCAAGUUCCUACACAUAUUCCGAUACGUACAUAUCAAUAAAUGAUGAUUGAUAAGUCCUUUCCUCAUCGUGAUGGUCGUCAUUUCUGGCAGAUUGAAAAAAAAUACUGAAAUAAAAAAAUGUAAUGUUUUUGUCUUUACUAAAAAUUGUAGAUAACUAUUAAGAAAAGUGAUUUUAUGAUGGAAGGAAUAAAAUUAAUA